CGAAAACAAAUUAUAAUUUAAACGGUGAAGAAUUAUUUUGAAUCAUGACCUAAUAGCCAUAGUUUUUUGUUAACAAAUAUUAGUAAGCUAAUAAUCUUUAAACAUUGGUAUUUUAUUACUCAACUAUGGAUUCAGAACGGCGCCUUCUUAUAUUAUAUGGUAGUCAAACUGGAUGUGCUCAAGAGGUAGCUGAAAGGAUUUGGAGAGAAUCAAAAUGGUGAAUUUCUUUUAAAGUUAAUAAUUAUUAAUUCUGUGUUAUUUUUAAAAAAUAACGCAGAUACUUCUUACAGUGAAUGGGCUACUGUUGUAAGUGAGUAGUUGAAAAGUUAGAGGUGAAAUUUAAUGUACAUCUGUACGCACUAAUAAGCCAUUGCUAACAAAAAAUGAUUUUGAGUAGCUUUCGAAUAAUAGUGUUUUUUGUUAACAAUAUAUAUGUCGUAUUAAGUUAAAAUAAUUACAUAUGUAUUAUAAAUUUUCUUUAAUAAUAUUAGUUUAAAAUUGUUUUUUUUUUUGUUCAAGAGUCAUAAUAUUUGUAUUGUUUACAUUUUCCCAUUUAUUGGAAAAUUAAAAAAUUAUAUCCUUAAAAUAUUACCCAAAUUAAAUUUACUUUAAGAAAAAUGUUAUAGCUGAUCAAAAUUACUAAAAAAUUGCAAAAAAGUAAAAUUAUAAUAAACAUCAAUACAUUCCUUGCUUUGCUCAGAAUCUAAAAGUUUCUAAAAAUCUGCCAGUAAUAAAACCUAGAAAAAUUAAACUACCUAUUCAACAUAUUUCUAAUAAAAAUACAAUAAAAUAAAAUAUGUUUACAAUCUAUUUUUUUUUUUUUGUAAUUAUGAUGUUUAGGUUAUAUUAUAAUGGACCUAUUGUUGCAAUGGAUGACUAUCCUAUUGAAAAAUUGAUUUUUGAAAAAAAAAUAAUUUUUGUCUGUUCAACUACUGGACAAGGUGAUCAACCAGAUAACAUGAAAAUUACUUGGAAAUUUUUACUUAGAAAGAAUUUACCUUCUAAUUCUUUAAAAAAUGUUGAGUAAGAAAAUGUUGUUAAAUUCUAGUAUUAUUUAAAUAUAUUUCAUUGUUAUUUAUUAAUCGGGAAAUUAUUUAUAGGUUUGCUGUUUUGGGUUUAGGAGAUAGUUCAUAUGUAAAAUUCAAUCAUGUUGCAAAAAAACUAUAUAGAAGACUUAUACAAUUAGGAGGAAAACCUGUUUGUAAUAUUGGAUUAGCUGAUGAUCAACAUGACAUUGGAGCAUUUGCUGUAAUUGACCCAUGGAUAAAUAAUUUAUGGAAUGUAUUAACUGAAAUACAUUCACUUGCAGAUGGAUUAAUACCUAUUGAUAGAAAUACUUUACCACCGCCAAAGUAAAUCAUAAAUUAAAUUAUAUUAGGCAAAUUUAAAUUAAAAAUAUUUAAUAAUUCAUGAUUUUUGUAAGGUGGAAUGUACACAGUUCAAAAGAUACAGUUCAUAUAGAUGAAAGGUUGCCAAAUAAUGAUUUGUUUAGAACAAAUUCAUCAAUAGUUACGUGUUUAUCAAACACAAAAACAACUGCAGAAAAUCAUUUUCAAGUAAGUUCUGUACAUUUUUAUAAAUUCUAAUAUGAAUAAAUUAAAUAAUAGUUAGGAAAUAGAUACAAUGUAUACUAGUAUAUGAAUAAAAAUUAAUAAUCAUUAAAUAUUUUUUUAGGAUGUGCGGUUAUUAAAAUUUGAAUGCACAGAUCAAAAUGUUAAGUAUUUUCCUGGAGAUGUUUUAAUGGUACGUCCAGUUAAUUCUGAAAAAUCUGUAAACAAUUUCUUUGAUUUGUUUAAAGAAAACAAGAAAAUGAAAUUAGAUCCUACAACUAUUUUAAGUGUUACACAACGCAGUAAUGAUAUGCCUGUACCUUAUAAUCUGUGUAAACCAUUUACUUUAUUUCAAUGUGCUAAAUAUUAUUGGGAUUUAAAUGUAAAUAUAUUUAUUAUUUAAUGGCAAAAUUGUAUAUUUUCUAAAAAUUAAAAUUAUAUAGAUUAUUCCAAAUAGAUACACAUUUCAAUUGUUGUCAUAUUUCACUGAUAGUGAAUUAGAAAAAGAAAAAUUGCAAGAGUUUACAACUCCUGAAGGACAAGAAGAACUAUACAACUAUUGCAAUCGCCCAAGAAGAACUAUUCUAGAAGUAUUAACCGACUUUCCUCAUGCAACGGCUAAUUUAUCCUUAGAAUACCUAUUUGAAAUAUUUUCUUCAAUACGCCCCAGAGCUUUUUCAAUUGCUUCAGCGCCUUCUGUGAGUUUAUAUAUACAUAAUAUACAAAUUAUAAAUUAAUAUAUGUAUAUAUUAUUAUUAUUAUUAUGUAAACUAUAUUAUACAAUUUAGACUGAGAAGGUUUUGGCGUGUCAGGAGAGAGGAAUCAGAAACAGUAAGAAUAGUAAUCAAAAUAAACUUAGGGGGGAAGAAAACCAAAAAGAACUAGUUGAUAGUGACAGAUUGAUAUAAAGGCGAUAGGUGUAUGAUAGGAUGAUGUGGUGGAUUGGAAAGUAGAAGUUUAAGACGAGGGUGGUUGACCCCUAAUAAUUGAUAUAAAGACUAUGUUGAUAUUGCUAAAUAAAUUAAUUCCAUAAAUAAGCUAUUGCUAAUAGUUAGGCCAGAUUAAGCAUAUAGUUACAACAUUUUAAAAACUGACCACUUAAUGUAUUUUCUUAGCCAGCAUUGGGUUUAAUUGGGCAUUGCAAUAACAGCACUUAUUAUAGAUAAAUUUAAUAAGAUACAUUUUUAUUUAAAAAAAAAAUGUAAGAUAAUGGGAGACAGGUGCAGCCACUGGUAUAGGUGAUAUAGACAGCAAUUUAAUGUAUAAAUGUAUAUCUGUAAGCAACGAUAAACCAUUGCUUAAGAAAAAACGAUUUUGAGUAGAGUUGAUAGUGAUGCUUUGUCAACAAUAUAUAUGUAAUUUUGUAGUAAAAUAAAUAAUUUGACUUUAUAUAUUUUCUUUAAUAAAAUUUGUUUUACCAAUUUUACCGGUUUUCCCAUGUUUUAUACUGGUUUUUCACAUUUGCUAGGAAAGCUCUUGGGAAAAUCAAAAAAUUACUUCUUUAAAGAACCUCCCAAGUAAAAUUUCCUUUUAGAAACUUUGCUAUCAUUAAAAGUUGGAGAAAAAUUGCUGGUUGAAAAAUUGUUCAUAGAAAAAAAUAUAUAAGAUUAUAUUUAUUAAAUUUUGUAUUUUCUUUUCGGUUUUUAGUAUUUUUAAGAAAAAUGAAUUUAAAUUACCUCCCCACACCAAUUUUCUUUCAAAAAAGGUGUUACAUGUGGAAAUCCAAGCAAGUCUCCUGGUAGAAGAAAUGUGCACAGAUGAAAAUUAAAAAUCUUUAUAAAACUAUAAGCUUCUUCAUUCCUGUCAGAAUCUAAAAUAUUAUUUAUUAAAUAUAUAUAAAUUAAAUAACUUAACUUCAAGUAUUAAAUAUUAUUUUUUUAUAAAUGUUUUAUAGGUACAUAUAAAUGAAAUACAUCUACUUGUUGCUGUUGUUACUUAUAAGACAAAAUUGUUGACUAAACGAAUUGGUUUAUGUUCUACAUGGCUUUCUAGUUUAAAAUGUGAUGAUAAAAUACCAGUUUGGAUUCAGAAAGGAUCUUUUAAAUUCCCAUAUAGUCACGUAAUUAUAAAAAUAUGUUGUAUUAUUUUAUAAAUUAAAAAAAAAUGAAGGGAAAAAUUAUAGUAUUUUAAUUUUUUUUUAUUUUAGUCCUGUCAUUCAAUAAUGAUUGGACCUGGUACUGGUGUAGCACCAUUUCGAAGUUUUGUGCAUGAAUCUAUAGUUAAAGGAUAUGGAGACGCAAAAACAUUAUACUUAUAUUUCGGAGCUAGGAAUAGAUAUGGUGAUUUUCAUUUUGUUAACGAUUGGGAAAAACUGGUAGCCAAUGGAAAAUUAUCAUUGUUUACAGCAUUUUCAAGAGAUCAAGAUCAUAAAAUGUAUUAUUUAAAAUCAUUAUUACUCUAAUAUAUUAUUAUACAAUACAUACAGUUUUAUGCCAUUGCAGUUAUGUACAACAUAUAUUGGAACAAAAAGAAGAAGAAUUAUAUAAAUUACUUUCUAGUAAAGAAUGUUAUGUAUUUGUUGCUGGAAAUGCAAAAAAUAUGCCAACAGCAGUUAAAGAUGUAUUCAUAAAAAUAUUUGAAAAAUUUGAAAAUUUAAGUAAUACUGAAUCUAUAGAUACACUUGAAAUUAUGGAAUCUAAAGGAUUUUAUCAAACUGAAACUUGGAACUAAUGUUUUAAAUUUUUUUAACAACCAAAGCAUAUACAUAUUUAAGAUAUAAUAUUUUAUACCUUGUUUUAGUCU